AUAUGUAGUUACAUCUUUUUAUGUAGGAGUGCGCUAAUAUCGUAUUCUUGAAUUAUAUACUUAAAGGUGAUCACAAUUGGCAAAUUGUGGGUUAGGUUAGGUCUAGAAUACAUUUACAGCUAAUUUCAGUAUGAGUUCACAUAUGCAAUGAUAGUUUACGAUACGAAUUUUGUAACCAUCAAUCCGGCAGAAACUUUUGUAUUGUAACAACGAAUUUAUGAGUUUUGGUGUAUAUCAUGCAUAUCUUUAUUUUUCAUAUUUUUAAUGUAACAAUUUUAAGUGAUAGUCGAUCAUAAAAUGACCUUUGUGAAGGCUCAGUGUGCAUGCGCUACGUGCACUUGAUCAAGAAAGUAGUGUUGCUUUACCUAAGGCAUAUGACGGAUAUUAGAAAUUUUCUUUUUAAAUUAAGUACAAAUUGUCAGCAAGAACUGGCCAGAUGAAGAUAAUGUCAGAUGAUGAUGCUGCAUUGGAUUCAAUGGAUACAGAAGAGGAUAUUUUUUCUCCAAGAAAAGCUUGCAGUAGCUUGGGCUCUAAUGCCAGAAGGGUUAAAAGUUUACGUACUUUACGAUCACAUUCAAAUUCUACUUCUCAUAUAUCUAUGAAUAACUUAAGUGUGCGUCGUAGUACACGUCAUAGAAUGCAAACAUAUGAUAAUCUUAAUACUAGUUGGAUUUUAGGUACACAAACAUUGAAAGGUUAUCCUAUGUUUCAACAACAUGGUUCUUCAUCUGAUAAAGAAAUGGUGGAUGAAGUUCCUGAAAGAAAACGUGAUGUUAGGGAACGUAUGCCUCUUAGGUCACGUGAAAAUCAUCCUCCAAACAAAAAUUCAUCUAGACAUAUUAGGGAAAGAACAGAACAUGAUAGACAAAAUAAUAGAGAACUUAGAGGAAGAGGUGAUCGUGAUCUUAGAGAAAAAACAGAACAAGAGAAAGAUAUUAGAGAUCUUAAAGAAAGAACAGAGAGAGAACAUAAAGAUAAAAUAGAAACCAGAAGUAAAUCUAAUGAAGAAAAAGAUGCAAGAACAAGAAAAUCUGAUAGUCCAAAUAGGCUUAGAGAAGGACCUGCUACAAGACUUGGAGGAAAUUUAGGUGAAAAGGAUGUAAAAUCUAAAGUAGAACGUGUAGAAGCUGAUGAAGACAGUUCUCAAGAAAGUGAAAAAGCAGAAAAUAAUUCUGAAAAUGAAGAUGGUUAUGAAGAUAUGUAUACUCGUAUUAAACGGACUAGGAGAACAGCACAACGGCAAUUACCAAGGGUAGAUAGUGAUUUAAGUGAAUCUUCCGACUCUCCUGGUCCUAGAAAGUAUAGUUUACGUCAGAAAAAACCAGCUGUAGAUAGAUUUCAAGCUAAUGUAGAACCGGUUCGGCGAUCUAUAAAAGCACUUAGAAGUGUUCUUAGUAAUUCCAUGAGGAGGCGUAAACAUAGAAGCAAAAGUACAAGCUCUAGUGAUUCCAGUGAUUCAGAACCUCAACGUUAUGAUAAGAAAAAAAGUAAAAAAGCAAGGCAAUCAGCAAUACCUCAAGGUGGACCACCUGAUCGCAAAGCAGAUAUAAAUCCAAUUACUUUAGAUACCAAUAUUAGAUUUAAUGAUGUUGGAGGUUUAGAAUCGCAUAUUCACUGCCUUAAAGAAAUGGUAGUUUUUCCUAUGAUGUAUCCAGAUAUUUUUGAACGUUUUCACGUUACCCCACCAAAAGGAGUAUUAUUUCAUGGUCCACCAGGAACUGGUAAAACAUUAAUAGCUAGAGCAUUGGCAAAUGAAUGUAGUCAAGGCAGUAAAAAAAUGUCAUUCUUUAUGAGAAAGGGUGCAGAUUGUCUAUCCAAAUGGGUCGGAGAAUCUGAACGUCAGUUGCGAUUAUUGUUUGAGCAGGCUCAACAAAUGAAACCGUCCAUAAUAUUUUUUGAUGAAAUAGAUGGCCUUGCACCUGUUCGAAGUACGAAACAGGACCAAAUCCAUGCUAGUAUCGUAUCUACCCUUUUAGCGCUUAUGGAUGGACUCAGUGAUAGAGGAGAGGUAAUAGUUAUUGGAGCUACAAACAGAAUAGAUGCUAUUGAUCCAGCAUUACGUAGACCAGGUCGUUUUGAUCGAGAAUUGUUUUUCCCAUUGCCUGCUAUGAAAGAAAGACUAGAAAUAUUAAAAAUUCACGUCAGCAAAUGGAAAAAUCCUCCAUCUGAUCAAUUAUUAGAGAUAUUAGCUGAAAAAGCAACAGGUUAUUGUGGUUCAGACUUAAGAGCUUUAUGCACAGAAGCAGUUUUGCAAGGAUUACGAAGAACUUAUCCUCAAAUAUAUAUGACAAAUAAUAGAUUACUUUUAGAUCCUGAACGAGUUGAAGUGAAAAAACGAGAUUUUUUGCAAGCUAGUUCUAUUCUUGUACCAUCAUCACAAAGAGUAUCUCCUUGUGCUCGAAGAAAAUUAAAACCUUUCAUGGAACCAUUAUUAGGACCUUUGUUGGAAGAACUACUCAAUUCAAUAAAAGGAAUAUUUCCUCAAGGAAUUAAUCCUGCUAUGGCAAAAGUGAAAAUUACCAAAGGAAUACAUCGUCCAAGACUAUUAAUUUCUGGUGGAAAUUUAUCUGAAGGUCAAGGGCCACAUUUAGCACAAGCAUUAUUAUAUCAUAUGGAACAUCUGCCAGUUCAAACAUUAGAUGUUAGCACUCUUUUUGCAGAAAGUGGACGAUCUCCCGAAGAAACCUGUGUACAGGUAUUUAAUGAAGCUGCCAGAAAUGUACCGUCCAUAAUUUAUAUUCGGUCAAUUGAUCAAUGGUGGCCACUUGUACCUGAAACUGUAAAAGCAGUUUUUUUGUGUCGUAUUGCAGCACUUGAUCCUUCAUUACCUAUUUUAAUUUUAGCUACAAGUGAUAGAACAUAUCAAGAUCUUCCUAUUCAACUUCAAAAUCUAUUUAGUGAAUUACGAAAUGAAGUUUAUUCUAUGAAAACACCAACAAAAGAUCAAAGAUCUAAAUUCUUCCGACCUAUUUUCAUGAUUCAAAGCCUAAAACUACCAAAAAUAAAAGAUGAUAAAAUAGAAAUUUUAGAAGAGCUUCCUUUAGCACCAGAUCCUUUACCAAAGAAAUUAACAGAAGAAGAAAAAAAAAUAAUAUACGAAAAAGAAGAAAUUUCAUUAAGAGAAUUGAGAAUUUUCUUGAGAGAAAUUUGUGCAAAACUUGCAAGGAAUAGGCAAUUUUUCAUGUUUACAAAACCAGUAGAUACAGAAGAAGUACCAGAUUAUAAUAUGAUUAUAAAACAACCUAUGGAUUUAGAAACCAUGAUGACAAAGAUUGAUAUGCACUGUUAUCUUUGUGCUCGAGAUUUUCUUGAUGAUAUCGAUCUCAUUUGUAAAAAUGCUUUAGAAUAUAAUCCUGACAGCUUACGUGAUAGGCCUUCCCUUGGAAUAUUAAAGAGAGAUCCAGCUGACAAAUUAAUAAGGCAUCGUGCAUGUUCCCUUCGUGAUAAUGCAUAUGCGUUAAUAAAAGCAGAAUUGGAUUCCGAUUUUGAGGAUAAAUGUCGUGAGAUUUCAAAGAAUCGUAGAAUUAUUGAAAGUGCGGCUAGCAAUGAGGUGGAAGAUAAAAGUCAAUCUAAAAUAGAACAACCUACGUCUGCUUCUGAACGAAUAGAUGUAAAAAAAGACAAUGCGAGUCCUAGUCAUUCCUUGAUUGUAAAUGGAAGAAGAUAUAAUAAUUCUAGGAAACGUCGAAUACCAGCUUGGGCAAGAGGCUAUGUGAAAAAAGUUCAUAAGAAGAAGAAAAUCGCAUUUGAAGAAAAUGUAACUGUAUCUGAUAACAAGAUUUGUUUAACUAAUGAAACAACAAGUAUAGAUUUAGAAAAAUUUCAAGAAUUUGAAACUGAAGCAAACAGUGUUUUAAAUGGUCAUGUACCUUUAUUUGAUAAUUCUGAUUCUGAGAAUGAUUCACAAAAUGAAAGUUCAAAAGAUAUACAAGGUAUUCAAAGCAAUAAUAUUAAUGAUCAGCAUAUUGAUGAAAUUGAAAAUAUGGAAAUAUGUUUUAUGGAAGAAGAAAAGAAUGCAGAAAAUAGACUUGCUCAAGGAAGUGAAAAGAUUUGAAGAAUUCAAGACAACAUAUGAAAAAAAUACGUUUGUCGGGUAUGCGAAAUAAAAGUUUGGGUGUAAUUUUCAUCACGAAAAAUGUCCUGCACAAAGGAUUUCUCUUGCAUCGGAGGAUUGGAGAAGCAUAUCCGCAUAGUGAAAGAAACGGUUCUAUUUCCGCUUAUAUACGGUGACAUUUAUGCGAAGUUCAACUUGAAACCACCGAGGGGUUUGCUCUUUUAUGGGCCUCCUGGCACAGGAAAGACUCUGGUUGCUAGUGCUUUAGCCGUGGAAUGCAGUAACGCUGAACGGAAGGUUUCUUUUAUAUCUCGCAAGGGUUCCGAUUGUCUUAGCAAAUGGGUUGGCGAAAGCGAGAAAAAGCUUCAGAAGAUUUUUUUCCUGGCUCAGCAAUCGAAACCUUGUAUAAUCUUUUUCGACGAAGUUGAUGGUCUUGCACCAGUAAGAUCCAGUCGCCAAGACUUCGUACACGCCAGCAUUGUCUCCACUCUCUUGGCCUUGAUGGACGGCUUAGAGAACAAUUCAGAGAUCAUAGUAAUUGGAGCAACGAAUAGAAUCGACGCUAUAGAUCCAGCUUUAAGAAGACCUGGCCGUUUCGAUAGAGAAUUGUAUUUUCCGUUGCCGUGUUAUACCGCGAGAAAAGAAAUACUCUCGGUUCACAUAAAAAGUUGGAAACAGAAGCCACCACAAAAAUUUUUGGCGUAUCUUGCAUCGAAAACUGUUGGAUUUUGCGGAAGUGAUUUACAAGCUCUUUGCGCCGAAGCGGUAAUGUGCUGCGUUCGAAGAAAUUAUCCGGAAAUAUAUACAUCCAAAGCAAAAUAUCAAAUUAACGAGCGGCAUCUUAAAGUUGAGAAACAAGAUUUUCUGAAAGCACAACAAAAUAUUCUACCAGCAUCCCAUCGUGUUUCAAUCGCCCCAAUUAAAUCUUUAUCGUAUAAAAUUCAACCAUUACUCCAAGACAACUUGUCAUACAUUUUGUCACAGCUUGAAAUUCUUUGUCCAACAGGAAUGUUAACUUGCAACGUCAUCACUGGUAAAGCUGCAUCGAGGUCAAAUAGCUGUCCUAGGAUUUUAUUGUGUGGUGACGAUGACUCUCACACUCGUCAUCUGGGACCAGCAUUACUUCACUCUUUAGAACAUUUACCUUGUCAUUUGUUAGAUAUUACGACUUUGUUUGAAGAAACAGGAAAAGCUGCAGAAGAAGCUUUGAUUCAAAAAAUGAAGAUGGCUCGACGUAAUUUACCAUCGUUGAUUUAUAUUCCUGAUAUUUUAACCUGGUGGGACUUAGUAGAUGAAGCGGCACGUAUUGUUUUUACAUCUUUGAUGCAGAGUUUAGAUCGAUCGGUCAAUAUGUUAAUCAUGAUUACGGCUAAUUGUUCACGAAAAGAUUUACCUCCAGAUAUUGUAUCCUUGUUCGAUGAAUAUCAAGGUGAAAUAUUUGAAGUUAUAUCUCCUCGUGAACAGCAUCGUGAACUAUUUUUCAAGCAAUUGUUUGUACAUUCGGCGUGCGAUUUCGAAUCUAACAGUUCUUCACAAGUGGAUUUUGAACAAAUUAUGAAUUCAAGAAAAACGAAAGAAGUAGGGAAAAAACGGAAGUUAAUUGGUCGAACCGAUAUCAUGGAAAAUCCUUUAACACAAGAGAUGGUAUCUUUUCGAAGAAGUAAACUCAGAGCUCGUAACAAACCUUGCAGUGUACGAUCAGCUCAUGUGAUGGUCAAUUCCAAGACAAGUAUAAAAUUAUUAUUAUUUAAUAUCUAUAUUUUUAACAUUGUUUUUUUUAUUAUUACAGAUUGAUC